GCACGCCUUCUCUCCUUCCUUCACCCGUCUCCUUCACUGUUUGACGCAUAGCACCAUGUCUGCCCGUACUUUCUCCCGCCGCCUCUUUGCGUCCCUCCGCACACCCGCCAGCGCACGCGCUGCCGCUCGCCCCGCCGGCAGGCGCUUUGCCAGCACCAGCGUCGAGCAUGGCGCGAAGCAAAGCAGCGACCUUCCUUGGAUGGCCGCGUACCUCCUCACCUCGUCCGGCAAAGAAAAGGGCAAGCAUAACGCCGACGCUCACCACGACAAGGCUGCCAAGGCGCACGCGCCGUCGGAGGAGCUCAUCAAGAAGGAGGAGGCACCCGCUCCCGCUGAGGACGCGGACGCGUCGAAGGACGACGAGCCCGCCGAAAAGUCGGACUCCGCGCCCGCUGAUGAUGGCGCCGUGACCGACGACGAGGGCACGACCGCCUCCGCCAAGGACGUCGACGCGUCCGUGAAGCAGGCGUCCGACUCGGACUCGCCCGCGGACGCACAGCGCGCAGAGGAGCACGACGCGAAGUUCUCGCAGGGCGCGCCUGGGCAGACCGCCGACGCGGAGACCGAGCACGAGCAGAAGGAGAAGCCCGGCAGCUCGAAAUCGGGCACUGUGCAGGGCGAGGGCGACAAGGGCCCGACCGACCUGGGCGAUGCCCGCGAAAAGUCCAAGUCCAACCAGGCGCCCAAGGAGGCGGCGCAGGACUGAGUGUGGACACUACACAACCUCGAUGGACUUAUUGCAUGUAUCUAACUGUCUAUUUGCAUGGACGUUGGAAACGCUUAUUAUUACUCGGACAUCUCGGUCGUGUGAGCCUAUGGAGAUGUUGUACAUGUGGCGGUGCGAGGAGACUUGGAACGAGGCCAGCUGUACAUGCGGAUUGAGCUCGAU